AUAUAAUCAUAGUACAGAAGUCGAAUAUUUUUCCAACAUUUACAAAUCCAAGGUGAUGUUGUUGUUCAUCCGUUUCUCAACCUCAACUCAAUGAUUCAUCUUCUCCAUUUUUAAAUACCCAGAAAUCCCCAUUUUGAAAUCUUCAAUUCCAUCCUAUUUUCUUGAAGUUUUUUCUGGAUCCGCCAUUGUUGCCUUCUUCUGCAAAGAAGAGCUGUUAAACGCUUCGAAUACGUUUGAGGUUGUUUUUUGUAAUACCCAGAAGAAGAAGAAGAAGAAGAAGAAAAAUUGGGGGAAACAGAGAUGAAAUGCUUCUAUUUCACGAAGGAUGAUGAAGAAGGGGGAACUUUGAGUUCGAGGGAAUCGAAGGUUUCAUGGGUUCGUUCAUUAAGUAUAGCAUCGAGCAGUGUUGAUACAAGAAAGUCGAGGUCUGAUUUAGAUUCAGAAUCGAGGGAUUUUACUGAUUCGUUUGAGUUUUAUGAGUUUUUGACUCAGAGGAGAGGUAAGGAUCUGCGAGUAUUUAGCUUCUCGGAGCUGAAAAUGGCGACGAAGGGUUUCAGUAGAGGAUUGAUGAUCGGAGAAGGAGGAUUUGGGUGUGUUUAUAAAGGGGUUGUUAGUGCUCCAUGUUCGGAUUUGAAAAUGGAAGUUGCUGUUAAACGAUUGAACCGCCAUGGAUUCCAGGGGCAUAAGGAGUGGAUUAAUGAAGUAAACUUUUUAGGUGUAGUGAAACACCCAAAUCUAGUGAAGUUAAUCGGAUACUGUGCAGAGGAUGAUGAAAGAGGGAUGCAACGUCUUUUAGUCUAUGAACUGAUGCGUAACAAAAGCUUGGAGGACCAUCUGUUGGCACGAUCAGUUGUUCCUCUCUCCUGGACUUUGAGAUUAAAAAUUGCCCAAGAUGCUGCUCGUGGAUUAGCUUAUCUUCAUGAAGAAAUGGAUUUUCAGUUGAUAUUUCGAGACUUCAAGCCAUCAAAUAUCCUUCUGGAUGAAGACUUUAUCGCAAAACUAUCAGACUUUGGACUGGCUAGGCAAGGUCCAGCUGCAGGACUAACCCAUGUGUCAACAUCAGUUGUAGGUACGGUAGGCUAUGCAGCUCCAGAAUAUGUCCAGACUGGAAGACUCACUGCUAAAAGUGAUGUUUGGAGCUUUGGAGUAGUUCUCUAUGAGCUCAUCACAGGAAGGAGAGUGUUAGAACGAAAUCUUCCUCGAGCUGAGCAAAAGCUAUUGGAAUGGGUAAGACCCUAUGUUUCGGACACGAAGAAAUUUCAUUUUAUCCUUGAUCCUCGACUUGAAGGGCAUGAUUGUAUCAAGUCAGCUCAGCAACUUGCAUCACUGGCCAACAAAUGCCUCUCAAAGAAUGCAAGAUCUCGCCCUAGAAUGAGUGAAGUCGUUGAUAUGCUUGGGAGUAUCAUAACUGAUGCUGAAGCAGUGCCUGAACCUCUGAAAGAAGCAGAAGAUGUGAAUGAAGAAGUCGACAUAAAGGAAGAAGGAAGAGAAGAAGUUGAAUCAGGAAAACCAGAAAGCAAUAAUCAAAAGUGGGGUUUCGACUUCAAAGAAAUGGUCAGCUUUAGGAACAAAUCCAUCAGCAAGUUAGAUUGGAGGAAUUGGACAGCAGGUUUAGUCAAAACAUCGUAACAUACUGUCCCUCGUGUUCUGCUGACUCUUGCUAAUGGAUCAUUUUUGUAUUUUAGAAUGGAGAUAUCCCGGCAGAAUGGAGAUAUCCCGGCAGCUUUGCUAUAGAUGUUCUGCAAAGAGGUGUAAAUUUAGUAGGAACAUCAUCUUCUCUUCUAUAACAUAUAAUGCAGGUUCAUUUUCUCAAUCUUGUAUUUGGUCUAGGAAGUUAGUUCACAUUUGGAAUGCAUUUCCACUUGUGGUUUGUAUAGGGGACAAUCUUUUUUUUUUCUUCGUAAGAGUCGUCUACUUCUCCACAGAGACAACUAUUUUAGAUGAUGCACAUCAAGUCUCACCAGGUUACUGCAAUGGUUGAGAGGUAAUUAGAGGGUAAUAUGUUCUAUGAUCUUGGUUUUGCUAGAUUGUAUGCAAUGCUCAAACUAAUGAAAAGAACCUCUUUUUUUUUCUCUUU